AUGAUUGAAUUGCGUCCCUUUCUCCUUUCAUUCAUUCAUUCAUUCAUUCAGUUACUCUUCUUUAUUCUUUCUUCCUUUCCCUUUCUUCGUUCCUUAGCUCAUACCGAAUUUCUUUCUUUCUUAGUUCUUUCUUUCUUUCUUUCUUUCUUUCUUACUUUCUUUCUUAGCCUUUUCAUAUUUAUCUACCUCAGCUUGUUCCUAUCUAUCUAUCUAUCUAUCUAUCUAUCUAUCUAUCUCAGUCUGUUUCUAUCUAUCUAUCUAUCUAUCUAUCUAUCUAUCUAUCUAUCUAUCUAUCUGUUUCAAUUUCUUUCUAUCUUUCUUUUGCGAUGUUUUCCUUUUUUUCCUUUAUUUUCUUCUUUUCUUAGUAUUCAUCAUUUUUCAUUCAUUUAUUUAAUCACUUGUUCUAUCAUUUUAACAUUGGUUAACUCAUCAUUUGCUCCCUUCUUUUGUCUUUUCCUUCCUUAUAUAUUUCUUCAAUUCAUUCUUUCACUCAUUUUUCUCUCGGUUCCUCUUACCAUUCUUGAUUCUUCAUUUCGAUUUCAUUCAUUUUUCUUUUCUCGCCUUUUUUCUUUCAUUAUUCAGUCUUCUUUCUUUUCUUCAAUUUCCUUCUUUUUCUUCUCUUUCCUUAUAUUUUACAUUAAUUAA